UGCAUGCCCAAUUCUCAAAAAGAUGUUCCACUGAACCUUUGAGGAUCCCACUGCGCCCAUCACGUCAAGUCUUUAGGCCGCAACAAUGCGUCUGCUUUCAUUUCUGCCACAGGCUCUGCUUCUCUGCUGUACGCUAGGCUCGUUAGCCGCAGCAGCCUCCACGUGGACUUUCGCAGACGCCUCUCUGAGCGUAACCAGCAAAGGGUCCGCAGCUGCAAAGGAUGGAGGAGUUAAAGAGAAACUCACCCCCUCCCAACCGCUCUCCAAACCCAUUCUGCUCGGCUCCUCCGACACUUUGAAGAUUACACUCACAACGCAAGAGGGAAAGAGCGCCAAAAGACCGCAUCAGGCAUUUCUGCUGCUACAAGACCAAGAGGGGAGACUCGACGUUUCGUAUCCUUUCAGUGUGAAGGAGUCCGGAAAAGCAAAGGUCGAAGUGACACACAAAGAUCUCCCCGUCCAAUUCCUCACUUCCUCUCUCGCGACAAACAGUACACCGGGGCUCAGCGCAUCCAUCAUCAUCGCCUCCUUCAGCACCACCCCAGGCUACAACUCUCCGGCCUUCACCCUCCAAGUCAAGACGGAUUCAAACACCCCCGUACCAGCAGCAGAGAAACCACUCCGAUACGGCAAGCUUCCAGAAAUCCACCACAUCUUCCGUUCUGACCCCAAGUCUCCGCCCGCGAUCAUCAGUCUGGUAUUUUUGGCCGCUGUGGUGGGAACCCUACCGUUGUUGGCGGGUGCUUGGCUCGCCCUAGGACUGAACCUCUCUUCCUUGCCCAAGGCCUUCUCGGCCUCCCCGAUAUCGCACGCCUGCUUCGUCUCGUCGAUCGCGGGCAUCGAGUUCGUCUUCUUCCUGUACUACACGAGCUGGAAUCUGUUCCAGACCCUCCCCGUCCUCGGCGUCUUGGGCGUCACGGCGUUCCUGAGCGGGAGUCGCGCCCUGACAGAGGUCCAAGAGCGGAGGUUGGCGGGGACUAGAUAACAAAUGGAAUGAGAGGGGAGGAGGAGGAGGAGAUUGAGCUCAUCUGCAACACGGCCACACGGCGGCACGGCCACCUCCUUCCACAGCAGACAGAUGAUCGGAGACGGGGAUGGGGAAAAUGGAAAAAAGGAAAUAUAAAGAAAAGGGGUGAAGGAACCCUUGGAAGGGAAAAGGCGCAUGGAUAGAACAAUCACUGCGGGAAAUAUCACACCCGAAUCGAACCAAAACCAAAAAACAACCAAAAAUGAGCCAUCAAGAUCCAAUGCCCCCUCCAUGCAGGAAAGAACACUGCAUCUACAUACCUGCACACGUUUACAAGCGUAUAUAUACACUGUGUACAGAGCGGUAAGGAGGAUGAGUCCGUGAGCUGGUGAAUUGAGCCCGUUGUGAGAGAGGACAGUGUAUGCGCCCGUCUACCGCACGACCACACUACCUUCGUUAGGUACCUAUCUAUCUACAGCAGCACAGAGCCCAGCCCUUCAGCCGUCCGGUAUACCCGUUGUGAUUAGGUCGGGAGUAUAUAUGCCACACACUCUCUCUCGCACACUAUGGAUAUAUGCGCUACGCAGCCCCCAGUUCAUUGGACC